AUGGCCUCAACGGAUACAGGAACAUCAGGCGCCUACUGGAACAGAAUCAACUAUAAAAAACUGUUGAUUGCUGGAGGCUGUGCAACGGCGGCAGUUUUGGCAGCAGGUAAUUUUUGAAAGCGAUCAUUUUUAAUGACUUUUGAGGGAUUAAAGGUUUAUUUUCACGAGAAAAAUUGUUUUUGAUGAACCAGAACUAUUUAUAUAGUGAAAAAGGCGCCUCAAUUGAAACGAAAACCCAUCAAAAACUAGGAAAAAGGAGAUUACAAGGUUUUGAGUCGUUUUCCCUCGAAAACCUAUUUUUUUAAGAAGUUUAACACUUUCAGGAAAUUUCACUGGCACAUCAAAUAUAUUCUAACACAAAAAAAACCUAAUUUAAUUAUUUUUCAGGCCUUCUCGUGUCAACCGUAACGGUCUCUGGGCUACUAACCGUGGCUCGGGCCGUAAUUCGUGGACCUUCUUCCACGGCAUUGAGAAUUCUGACUUCUGUGGCCACGACGGCUUCAGGAUUGUACGCCUACAAGAGAAUCAAGAGGAAAAGGUGGGUUUUGCGAGAUAAAUUCACAAAUUCUUCUUUUUUUCGGUUUGAAUAGCGAUUUUUUUGAUCAAAAAAAGGUUGAUUAUUCGCUUUUUUUAAUUUACAAAUUGAGCUCAAAAAUAAUUGCGAUUUCUUCAUUUUUUUGAAAAAGUGUUUAACCGGUAUUUUUGAGGUACAACUUCAUGUAGAAAAAAAUUGCGAAUUAGUUUUUUUAAUGAGAAAUUUUUUUAAAAAAAUUUCAAUUUUUUUGAUUUUUUUAAAGCAAACUGGCGAAUUUUGAUUUGAGAGUAGUCCCUAUAGGGGUUAAAAGCGAUAAAAAACGCUAUAAAAAUCAAGGUGGUCCCUACAGGAGUUUAGGGUCUGACCCUUAGCCCCGAAAGCUCAAGUGGGCCCUAAAGGGUCUUUAAAUUUCAAAAAACGCUUGUUUAUUCACUUUUUUGCAUAGAGUAUGUAAAAAUUAUCGACUAGCAUGUCCCCUAUAGGGAUCACUUUUUGCAAGCUUUAGUGGACCCUAUAGGGGCUGGUAAAAGUGGUGUCUAAGGUUGCCCCUAUAGGGACCACUCUGGAGUUCCUACGAGUGUUUUGAGGUACAAAUCUAGGUUCAAAAAAUUGGCAAUUCGUUUUUCUUGAAGCUUUUUUCCAUAAAUAAUUUUAUUUUCUUUCCUUUUAUUGUACCCUUUUCAGAUAUCAACAUUAUGCUGUUCCUCGCGUGCCUAGAAAUACUCAUUUCAAGGCGACUUCCCGGAAGAUUUCCUCGAAUCGAGCUCUCAGAAGACGUCAGCCAAGGGAUCACGAUUCUGAAUCGGAUUAA